GCCUAAAACUUGUACAACACAUUUUUUUAGAAAGUCUGUUGUUUUAGUUGAAGUUUUCGUCAAAAUUUCACAAUUGUCCCACCCACGGCACCGCGCCCACACGUUGUCAAUAAAACAAUCACUUAAAGUUAUCGGGUGAUUUCAACAAUCUUCUUUCUCCAAAUGGAUUAAUUGACAAUAACUAAUUGACGUUUAAAGUGCAAUGUUAGAUAUCUAACAAACAAGUAGGAUAUAAUUUUCUGCACGACCUGUCAUCAUCAUGGAAUUGUAACGAAACGAGAUUGAAGAAGGUGACGUUGGCCGACGUCGGAAGGCCAACUUUUGAUCGGCGUUGAUGAGAGUAGUUUCCGAAAUUAGCAACAGAAAAUAAGGCCUUGGGUUAAUUGGAUGAGAGAAUAUGGCUAAUUCAACAUAUGGAGCUGCUGACAAUAUAGCAAAUUGGUCUAGUAAUUUUCUUCUUUCGUGACACUCGCUGCUCACUUGAUCUAUAAAUUCCUCCAAUCCUUGAUUCGAAUCAAGUCGUAAUUUAUUAGAAAAUAAUAUAUAAUUUAUACAACAAUGAGUUUGGAAGAAUGGAGACAAGCCAUUACUUCACCUCCGGCGUACAGAUUAGGAAAUUCAACUCUACGAUUUCAAACAAAAUAUGUCGUUCUUGUGUUUGUCUUCACAAUUGUAUGUGUCUUGUAUAUUAUGUUACCUACUGGGGGAGGGACAAACAACAGUAAUACUAAUAGUAUAGAUUCAAGUACGGAUAGAAAAUUUAGCAAUGUCAUUUCGAACGGCGAUGUUGGAGGCAAAAAGGCAUCAAUCCUAUUCGGUACUAAAAUCACUAAAAGUCAAUACAAUGACGCAUAUCCAUUGACGAAGCCAGUUUCAACAGAGAAAGGACUUCGUUACAAUAUUGGCAUCAUUUCCGAUUUGGACGUAGACUCGAAAACGGGUGGAGGUAAAUGGGUUUCUUAUUUUCGAAGAGGGUACUUAUUCCUUCAGCUUAAUGCACACUCUCCAAAAUUGUCAAAGGUUUCUGUAGAGUGGGACAGUGGAGAACCGCACACUAUUAAAUCAGGCUUAAGCUUGGACAGCAGGGGGAUGGAAUUAUCUGAACUUGUAGCAUUUAAUGGAAAAUUAUACACUUGCGACGACCGGACAGGCGUCAUAUUCGAGGUACCGUUUAGCGAUACAGCAACAGACGUUCAACCGAUCCCGUGGGUAAUAUUGGCAGAUGGAAAUGGAACAUCUCCUAAAGGAUUCAAAUGUGAGUGGGCCACGGUGAAAGAUGAGCAUUUAUAUGUCGGUGGAUUAGGAAAGGAUUGGACCACACCUGAAGGCGAAUAUGUCAACUACAAUCCACAAUUUGUUAAAAAGAUAUCGGCUUCAGGUGAAGUUAGCCACUUAAAUUGGAGGCCGAAUUAUCAAAAGAUUUCAUCCGAGAUGGGUAUACAUUUUCCUGGCUAUGUUGUUCAUGAAUCUGCUGGGUGGAGUAGUGUAAUGAAAAAGUGGAUGUUUUUACCUCGGAGAGCAAGCAAUGAGAAAUACAACGAUAAGACGGAUGAGCGCAAGGGUACAAAUAUGAUGGUUUAUGCAGACGAAGAUUUCAGUAAUGUAAAGGUCGCAACUGUGGGUGAAAUUAUUCCAACUCAUGGAUUUUCUAGCUUCAAGUGGAUUCCUGGUACUGACGACGCAUUGGUGGUAGCGUUAAAGUCUGAAGAGAUAGAAGGGAAGACAGCAACGUAUAUAAUGGUGUUCGACAUGGAGGGAAAUAUACUUCUCCCUGAAACUAAAGUGGGUGAUCAUAAAUAUGAAGGAAUCGAAUUUAUUUAAACAAGGGUUGAACGGUUAUGAGAAAUCUUGUCAACGACGAAUGUACUGUGAUAUCUCGUUGUAUUAAUUGUCUCCUAUCACUGUAUUCACUGCAUUUUCCAUUAAUAUAUAAAUAAUAUAUCGUUCGAAACAAGUGCUCCUUUGCGUACUUACAGCUUAAAAAGUAAAUACAUUAAAGACUAAAAAACUCGGUCGGAUAGCAAUAAUAUAAUUGCAAUAACAAAUUGAUGAACCAGUGCAUUUCUAGUUAAAAUUUGUUAAAAAGUAUGAAUGGUUUGCAAAUUUUUAAUUAUUUUGUUUAAUAGUUUAUUGAAUUUUAUGUAAUAGAAUCUGUAAAUUGUUUGGUCAAUCUCCAAUAAGCUAAAUUUAAUAAAAUAGCGUUCGCCAAUCCUUCC